AAUAACUUAGUAUGUAAAACGACGUUAAUAACAAGCUCGUUUUUUCUGCAGUUUAUCAUUAAAAAGUUGAUCAGUUGAAAAUAGAGCUUGCAUUCAGAUUACAAAAAAAUGGUUCAGUUUCCCGCGACCAAAAUUUGUUCAAUUUUACUGCGGAAGCUGAAGUUAAAAAAAAAUGUGUUAUUGCUUUCAGUUAUUCUAGUCCAUCUGCUACCUGCUUGCUACCUCCUCCACGUAUUCCGGAGAAGGACAGUAGCUGAAAGAGUGGAAGACGUCCAGUUUGCCAUCCGGAAAUCUUCGCUUCUGGAAUAUCUGGAAAGUACGAAAGUGCAGUUGCCGCAAGAGGGCGACAAAAUCCUGUGGCUGCAUAUUCCCAGGACAACGGCGGAUUCCACUCAGACUACCUUGAUCGGAGAUGAAAAUGAUCGGCUGAUCGACUACAGCACAUGGGAGUCAAAAGUGUAUGCGCCCUUCAAUCCUAGUCUUUAUCUGCAGCUCCAACUUGGGAAAUCAUCUCACAAAAAUUGCUCUGUAAAAUCAGUGGUGUGCGAUUGGAAGGAAGGGUGGGUGCGGGUGGUGAAAGGCUUCUUCGGUUUCCAACUCAUAGAACAAUACCUGGAACAGUUCGACCCACAGAAGACUUCUACCAAAGUGUUCACCAUUAUUAGACACCCCUGUGAGCGAAUAGGAAGUCUGUUCAAGUUCCUCACCAAUGACGGGGACUACUCGCUUAAAACGUGCAACAGACUUGCUACAUUCGGGCUGCCAACUGAUUGUAAUAUUACUCUGACGAAGUUCUUAUCCGCCAAAGACCACAGACUCCGAAUGCUGACGAGGAACUACAUGACGUGGCAACUGGCUUCUGCAGUUAACUUAAAGGGCUCUUUUUCACAAAAAAUCCUCUCGAGUUUAAAUUUUAUUAUGUAGUUUUGUGAAAGCUGG